AUGAGCGGGACCGGGUCGCUCGCUGCGUGGGUGAAGGCAUUCGUCAAACCUCUCUCCAGAAUCUGUACCCGCGCCAUCAUGUCUGCGACUGCUACUACUACUACCACUACUACCACGACACGCUCGUUGUCCGUCCUCGCCGAUUAUGAGGUCCAUCACAGCGGAUCGGAGCACACUGGCUCUGCUGUACCGGUGAAUCCGGAGCAGCCAACUGACUGGCCGACUCAUCAUCGUCGUGUGCCGGCGUACCGUCCUGCCAACUCUCAACUCGACUCGGCGGAUCGCCCGGCGGGUAAUGGGCACCCUGCAGAGUAUGCCUUCAUUCAAAUCAUGUUGCACGGUGUGUGGUUAAAUGCGUCCGUGUCGCGACUAUGGCGGUUUACCGGUGGAAGGAUCAAUGACAAGAUCUUCCAUUACGAAGUGGGCGGAGAAUGGUAG